AUGUGUGAGGGCGCCAUUAGCAGUGCUCUCAACGUCAGGGGAAAGUUUCACUCAAGAAUGUAUGAGAUCAUCCCACGUGUAGAGCACCUAGAAAUUCGAAAUAAUCGCUCAGUGAUAGGAGCCCUCAAGUGUGACCUCCAUGAGCCGCUACCCCUCAAGUGUGACCUCCCUGGGCCGCUACUCCUCAAGUGUGACCUUCCUGUCCCGCUGCCCCUCAAGUGUGACCUCCUUGGGACGCUGCCCCUCAAGUGUGACCUCCAUAGGUUGCUGCCCCUCAAGUGUGACCUCCCUGGCCCGCUGCCCCUCAAGUGUGACCUUCCUGGGUUGCUACCCCUCAAGUGCGACCUUCCUGGGUCACUACCCCUCAAGUGUGACCUUCCUGACUGCUACCCCUCAUGUGUGACCUCCAUGGGUCGCUUCCCCUCAAGUGUGACCUUCCUGGGCCGCUGCCCCUCAAGUUGUAUAACACUAAUAAUUAGACUCUUGUUCCCUCAAUGUUCCGUUGUUAAUACGGCGGAGACGAGUGAUGCAAAGUUGUUACUACACGUAGAGUCGGGCGGUGGACUACACGUAGAGUCGGGCGGUGGACAACACGUAGAGUCGGGCGGCGGACAACACGUAGAGUCGGGCGGCGGACUACACGUAGAGUCGGGCGGCGGACAACACGUAGAGUCAGGCGGCGGACUACACGUAGAGUCAGGCGGUGGACAACACGUAGAGUCAGGCGGCGGACUACACGUAGAGUCGGGCGGCGGACAACCCGUAGAGUCAGGCGGCGGACUACACGUAGAGUCAGGCGGUGGACUACACGUAGAGUCGGGCGGCGGACUACACGUAGAGUCGUUCGGUGGACAACACGUAGAGUCGGGCGGUGGACAACACGUAGAGUCGGGCGGUGGACUACACGUAGAGUCGGGCGGCGGACUACACGUAGAGUCGGGCGGUGGACUACACGUAGAGUCGGGCGGUGGACUACACGUAGAGUCGGGCGGCGGACUACACGUAGAGUCAGGCGGUGGACUACACGUAGAGUCAGGCGGCGGACUACACGUAGAAGUCGGCGGACUACACGUAGAGUCAGGCGGUGGACUACACGUAGAGUCGGGCGGUGGACUACACGUAGAGUCAGGCGGCGGACUACACGUAGAGUCAGGCGGUGGACUACACGUAGAGUCGGGCGGUGAACAACAUGUAGAGUCGGGCGGCGGACAACCCGUAGAGUCAGGCGGCGGACUACACGUAGAGUCGGGCGGCGGACUACACGUAGAGUCAGGCGGCGGACUACACGUAGAGUCGGGCGGUGGACAACACGUAGAGUCGGGCGGUGGACAACACGUAGAGUCGGGCGGCGGACUACACGUAGAGUCAGGCGGUGGACUACACGUAGAGUCGGGCGGUGGACUACACGUAGAGUCAGGCGGUGGACAACACGUAGAGUCAGGCGGUGGACAACACGUAGAGUCGGGCGGUGGACUACACGUAGAGUCAGGCGGUGGACAACACGUAGAGUCAGGCGGUGGACAACACGUAGAGUCGGGCGGUGGACUACACGUAGAGUCGGGCGGUGGACUACAUGUAGAGUCGGGCGGUGGACUACACGUAGAGUCAGGCGGCGGACUACACGUAGAGUCAGGCGGCGGACUACACGUAGAGUCAGGCGGUGGACAACACGUAGAGUCGGGCGGCGAACUACAUGUAGAGUCGGGCGGUGGACAACACGUAGAGUCAGGCGGUGGACAACACGUAGAGUCAGGCGGUGGACAACACGUAGAGUCAGGCGGUGGACAACACGUAGAGUCAGGCGGUGGACAACACGUAGAGUCGGGCGGUGGACAACACGUAGAGUCGGGCGGUGGACAACACGUAGAGUCAGGCGGUGGACAACACGUAGAGUCAGGCGGUGGACAACACGUAGAGUCAGGCGGUGGACAACACGUAGAGUCAGGCGGUGGACAACACGUAGAGUCGGGCGUUAAGGUUCUGAGCACAGAGCCUCUCACGCCCAGAGCACAGAGCCUCUCACGCCCAGAGCACAGAGCCUCUCACGCCCAGAGCACAGAGCCUCUCACGCCCAGAGCACAGAGCCUCUCACGCCCAGAGCACAGAGCCUCUCACGCCCAGAGCACAGAGCCUCUUACGCCCAGAGCACAGAGCCUCUCACGCCCAGAGCCUCUCACGCCCAGAGCACAGAGCCUCUCACGCCCAGAGCACAGAGCCUCUCACGCCCAGAGCACAGAGCCUCUCAUGCCCAGAGCAUGA